AUGGCGGCGGAAGAACAAGUCGAAAGAGGUGAAAUGACUCUGGCCAGCACAUUGAGCGAAGAUAUUCCCUUUGGUAUACGCGCUUUGACCGAGGACCCAGAAGUGGAGGGCGUAUGGGACUCUCGGGCUGUGGCUGCUCUACAUUACAAUUCCACCCAUACCCGACCUCGGCGCUACACUACAAGUCUGCGGCCUUCCAACGAGAGCAGGAAAGACUCUUCCAUGUCAUCAAUCUCCCUGCACAAGCCUAUAAAUCCAAGACUCGACUCGCCGAAUGCCUUGCAAGCUCCUAUGGACUCGCACGGGAAAGGUGGACCGGUCCACGAAGUCCCAGUCUCACAAAAGACGACCAAAAAGAUGGUCAUCAGUUAUGGUGGACCAUAUUUGCAGUCUGAAGCUACCAAACUCAUUUCCGAUCGCGAAUCAAGCACAACUCAAGCAAGGAUAAACAAUUCUGCUUUAAAGCUGCACCUUCGACCCAUUACGGAUCGCACUCCAGCAGCCGGGCGCAAGUUUGUCAUCGGAAAUCGACAAAAGAGCACGUCAGGUCUUUCACGCAGGGAAACAGUUUCUGACGAUCCACUGGAGCGGAUGGAAGCUCACCGAAGGUUUCACGCUGCGGAGAGUGGUCAGCUGCGACCUAGGUCGCGUCGACAUACCGAUCUGGCUCUCACGACAUCCCUUGCGCCGUCUGUUUCGGACAGUGAGGACAGCGAUGCCUCGUCGGCCCGCACACUGUCCUGGCCGCGUGACAAUGGAGUCAUGAACCUGGGGCAGCGGUUGCAUGGCAAGGCGCAAAGGGCAGAAGGUUCUAAGCCGGUCCCAUUUCGAGCCUUUGUCGAGUCUCUGCCAACAAGCAAGGCACCCCCGUCUGCAUGGACAGAUAAAACUCAAGCAAGACUUCACGCGAAACUGCCUAUGCCGGCUAAAGGUAGUAGUACCUCUUCAAGGGUUUCGACGGAUACUUCAGAGGCCUCCAUCAGCUCAACCACGACCGCACCAACGUCCUCUGUAGAGUCAAUCUCCAUCACUAGUACUCGGACCCGAAAGAUCAACGGCGGAUUCGAAGUUCUUCCGGCAGGUGCUUUGGCCAAGGAAACAAGUGUGAAAGAAUUUGGUUUAAGGCCCGAACCUCGGGUUGCACAAAAAAAGCCUAAGAAGCUGCAGAAGCGACCGCCGUCAGUGUCAGCAAGUCGUCGAAGCUCCAGCGAGAGUGAGCGCUUCAGCAGCGAAGAAUUCCGUCUACCCGUGUUCUGA